CUCCCUACGAUCUAGAAUCAUUCACAUGCAUCUGGCCAGCGUCGGUUUGUUGACUUUACGAACCGCUCGGCUAAUUACCGGCACAUCAUAGAUCCGAGCCGAGUUGGAGCUCCAGGAAACCAGAUGUCCACUUGGAGCUUACAUAUCGAGCGUCUUCACCACCUCCCCACCAACAAACUCACGCUUUUGCCAAACCAAAUCACAAUGCCUUCUUCUGUUAAUAUUGGAUCAUCGGCGGAGUUCAGUAAGAUACUGAGCUCAUCAACUAUCGUGAUCGCAGAUUUCUAUGCGGACUGGUGUGGACCAUGCAAGACUAUCGCACCUACCUACGAAUCCCUUGCAACGAAAUACUCGAAGCCAAACAAGAUUACUUUCACCAAAGUCAACGUGGACAGCCAGCAAGAGAUCGCGCAGAAAUAUGGCGUUAGAGCAAUGCCAACCUUCAUGAUCUUCCGCUCAGGAAGCACAAUCAAUACAAUUCGCGGCGCUGACGUACACGGACUCACAAAUGCCAUCGAAGCAGCCGUCAAGAUGGCAGGCGCUGCAGGCCCAUCCUACUCCUCUGUUGGUCGGACACUCGGCGGACCUGCUCCCCGAGCUUCACUAUCUCGCGGCUUCAACUUCAAGGGAAUAAUUGAUGCGAUUAUUGGCUUCCUGGGACUAUACUUCAUAAGCUUGUUCUCGUUCGAUGCCUAUGUUGCAGCAGAGAACAGCCCUUUCAACAUUCACAAGUCGGGACAAGGACACGUUACUAUGUCGGGAGGUGGAAAGGCAGAAAAGAGGAGUGGAGCUGCGACACAAGUUGGAAAGAAGUUGGGGACGAUCGCAGACUUGGCGGAUAAAGAUUAA